CAGCCGGCCCAUUAAGCCCAUUAGGUUUUUCGCCUAGUGCGUAUAAACCUCCCGUUAGGGUUCUCUGUCUUCGCCACUUUCUCGCGCACCCUCUGCAGCGUCCCCAAGCGCUCCGGCUGUGAGAGGAAUCAUGCCGAAGCAAAUCCACGAGAUCAAGGAUUUCCUCCUCACCGCAAGGAGGAAGGAUGCCCGGUCUGUCAAGAUCAAGAGGAGCAAGGAUGUUGUCAAGUUUAAGGUUCGCUGCUCCAAGUACCUCUACACACUGUGUGUGUUUGACUCCGAGAAGGCCGACAAGUUGAAGCAAUCCCUCCCUCCAGGUUUGAGCGUGCAAGACCUUUGAAUGCACUUGAGUUUGCGUUUCGGGGGAGAACUCAGACAACACUGAGGAUUGUGUUUUGAACCGUUUCGGUUGUUGUUUUUACGAUUUUGUCUGUUAUAUGGAUUGUGCCCAGUGUAGUUCUAUUCUAGACUGAAUCAAGUUUUUCAGUUUUGCUGUCAUCUGAUCAAUGGAGCCUCCAUUUGUUUUGC